GCAUGCGAUAUAAACACUACGGGAGAAGACUAAAGGACAUUACUCGUUGAAAAAUAGACGUUGACAACUUGGAGAAAAGUGUGCAAUUGUCAUCGAUUGUGGUCAAUUUAUUUGGACUGGUCAGUGAGAAUUAAUGAUGGCAGAUGUAUCGUCAGACAGUGAAUGCGAGCGACAGACUCCCAGUCCCGCGGAUGUGAAAGACAUUUCAUAUGAAAUUGACAACGCUAAGUCGGACGCUUCAGUGAAAUUGACAUUUGGUGUUGAAUCUUUGAUACGUUCUUCUGUGGAGAAGAAGUCCGAUUACAGUUCGAGUAGCGAUGAGGAAGUUACGCCAGUUCGGGCAAGUACAGUUCAGACUUCUCCCAAGUCUCUCAACCCAUUUGGAAUGGACUGUAUUUUGAACCGUGCUGAACCCACCCCGUCGAAGGAGAAUACAUCCCCCACAGCCGACCGCCACCCCAACCCAAUCUCCCCCGUGUGGGCCACAGAAUGUGUUACCAAACUGCCAUGGCCCUUGAAACCAGGUACUUUCACGCCAAAGCAUGUAUCACACACUCCAAUCACGCCUCCAAAAGUUAUGACACUGAGGAAACAUAAGCCCAACCGAAAACCAAGGACGCCAUUCACAACAGCCCAACUUCUCGCACUAGAGAGGAAGUUCCGACAAAAACAGUACCUCUCUAUAGCAGAACGAGCCGAAUUUUCAGCGUCUUUGAACCUCACCGAAACUCAAGUAAAGAUCUGGUUCCAGAACCGCAGAGCUAAGGCUAAGAGACUCCAGGAAGCAGAGCUGGAGAAGAUGAGGUUUGCCAGUAAACCAAUGCUACCUCCUGUAUUUGGGGUCGCUAUCCCCGCCUCCACAAGCAUCUAUGGUUCCCUGUUAAACUAUUCCAGCAUGGGCGGGCAGAGUGUUGUCUCGCCGUUCGGACUUUUUAACCCCAUGCAUGGCUCGGUGUAUUCGAACUGAUCGCCAUUCUUUACGAUAUUCCGAAUGUGCUAUAUUUAUUAUGAAGGUGUUUCUAUGGUAACCACUGACGUAAUGCACGUGCGUCUUCAACAUGUGACCCACGAUGCUACUUGCAGAAUCACCCAGUGCUGUUAUGAACAGGUCCAGGUAACAUGUCCUGGGAAGGUCGUGUUAACAGAGGAACAAUACCCAAUUUUGUUCACACAUGAUGCUUUAGACAGAGCAUUUUAAUUGUUUUGUAAAUUAUUUUAUUGUGAAAUGUUUAAAAUAUUGUUACGAUUUGUAUAUAAGAUAAAACAGUAAAAGUCAAAGGACUCUAAA